AUGGAAAAUAAUGAAUAGGAAGACUAUAUCUAACUUAAGAAAAAUGUAUUAGCAUUGUAUCUAAUCAAUAGUAUGCUUUGAGAGAGAAUGAAUGGAAAAAGGAUAAAGCCCUUUAUGAAUAAAAAAUACAAUUGUUGGAAAUUCAAUUGGAGGAUUAUAAAACCAGAGAAAUGAAUUAAAAGAAAUUGAAUGAUACGAUUACUUAAGCUAUUGAUAUUUCAGGAAAAACAUAAGUAUAAUUCUAAAUCUAAUUUAUCAAGCAAAAAAGCUAUACAGAUUUUCAAAAAUCUAUUGAAAUCUAAAUGGCCAAUAAUAAAAAGCACCAAGAUAGCAUAUCAAAACUGGAAGAAAAAGUAAUAUAUAAUCAUAAGUUUUAGCUUAGAUGUUUGAAUGAAUAGUUAAAUGAAAAAGAAAUUUAAAUUAAGGAUCUUGAGCUUUAGCAGCAGAAAUAAUAAAUUACAUAUGAUCAUAAAAUAUAAAGCUAAGAAUCUGAGAAAUUGUAUUUGAACUAAGAAAUUUCUAAAUACAAAGAUUAAAUAUAAAAAAACGAGGAAAAUUCUAAGUCAAAAGAGCAAGUUUUAAAGUUAUAGUGCGAAUAGGAAAUUCAAAAAAUAAAGGAUAACUUUUUUAAAGACAUGCAAGAAAAACAAUCAGAUUAUGAUUAAAGGUAUUAGCAACUAGCACAAUUAUACGAAAAGGAAAAAGAACAAUUGUAAUAAAGAUUAAUUCGAAGUUAAAAUACUAUUAAAAAAUAUUAAACCCAUAUUGAAUCUAAUUAGGAAGUACAAUAAUUACAAUAAAAAUAUGAUGAACAAAUAGCUGCUUUAAAAUAAGAAAUGCAUGAGCAACAAGUUCAAUUUCAAUAUGAAAAGAAAAUGUUAAAUAAAUAAGUAGAUGAUCAGAGAAUGUACAUAUUUCACAUAUAUUAAGAAAUACUAACAAUUAUGAUAGUACCUCAAAGAAAAAGAGCUAAGACAUGAUCAAAGUUAGAAAUUCUAUAGCUUCAUAAGAUAGUCCAGUUUAGUGCAAAAGCUUUCAUAUAUCCUAGCCUGAUUUUAAAUAAGUGCUCUAAUAACCAAAAAAUUCAGUAUCUUCUAUUUAAAAAUAAUCCCUGCAGCCUCCAAAAAACAAUCAAUCAUUUGAAAAAAUCAAAGCUAACAACCAUGAUACUCUCCCUAUGCCUAUUGAAGAUUUUAACCUUAUGAUGAGUAAAAAGGCUAAAUCUUAAUCAACAAAUUCUCUUCCUUCAAACAAUUUGAAUCUUAAUUCUUAUCUUCAAGAUGCUAGUAUAAUGAAAGAAGAAACAGAAACUGGAGAUGAAUUUAUAAGAUUUAAGUUAUCAAACUAACAAACAACUAGGUUUAAUAACGAAGCUGAUCAAAGAAGAUCAUACUCUCAAUAAGGGACUAAAACACACAGCAUUAAUUCAGCUACAAAUUUAAGUAAAAUGUUAGGGUAGACAGAUUAAAGUUAUUAAAAUUAAACUACUUCUAUUUCUACUUAAUAAAAAACUCAUAAUACUUCAUUUUCACAUUUUAAGGUUCCAUCCUUUACGUAAGGUUAGUUAAACAAUCUAAAAUAUAGUUUAUAUUAGCAAUAACCACAAACUACUUUGAGAAUGAAUGAUAAUCACAUCAAUUAUAUAUAGUAAAUUAAGGCUCGAUAUAUAAAUUAAGACGAAUCGAGCUAGAAUGAUUCCACUGCGAUUAAAUAUGUAAAUGAAAUUGGUAUUAAUAGAAUAAAGAGAACCAGCAGCCAUCAAAAAGCAUGCAUAUAAAUAAUGAGAUUAAAUUUUUGAUUGGUAAACUACUUCAGGCUAAAGGAAAAUUAACAACUGAAUUGGAAAAUACUUAAAAAUCUUGUAGAUAUAAGACUUGA